AUGAAAAUUUAAAUUGUCUAGCAGGAUAACUAGAAGUAAUUAAUUUAAAUUUAGGUUUGUAUUAUUUUAGUUAGACUUUUGGCAAAAAUAAAGAGAUAUUUUGAUUGGUUGAAUUAUUAUCUUAUUGAAAAUAUAUUAAUUUUCAUAGAUAGAAGAUAUCAUUUUUAUGAAAUUGAUGAUUUUGAUUAUAAAUUAAAAAUUGAUGUUUUUCGAUCAAAAGAUUGUUUAUAAUUGUAAAGAUUGAGAAUAAGAAAAGGAUUUUUCAAAUCAAGUAUUUUAAUUCAAAAUCUUAUUAGAGGAUUCUGAGUUAGACUCUGUUUAAGAAUUCUUAUUGUGA